GGGGAAGUACUUUCGGCCUAUCCAUAGCCUAGAUCCUGCGAAAGCUAAAGAGCAUGUUGAGCGCAUUCGUCGUUUUCGUAUUCUGGUCAUGGGCAGGGCAAAUGCAGGUAAAACGACAAUCUUGCAGAGGGUUUGUAACACGACGGAUCAACCAGAAAUCUUUAAUGGAAAAGGAGAGAAGGUGGACGUCGCUCUGGUGCAGGGUUCAUUAGCGCGGGGCUACCACAACAUUGAGGAUGAGUUGAUCUUUCAAAGUAAUCCAGGCUUCGUAUUUCAUGACUCAUGUGGGUUUGAAGCUGGAAGUGGAGUGCAGUUUGACAAGAUGAAGAAGUUCGUAAUGGAUCGUGCCAAUACUCUCCAACUAGAUGAGAGAAUACAUGCCAUUUGGUAUUGCAUUCCAAUGACUGACAGCCACAGGAUGGUCACAGCAGGCGAAGCAAAGUUUUUUAAUGAGUGUGAUACUGGGCAUGUUCCUGUGAUCGUGCUGUUGACAAAGGCAGAUAUCUUGGAGCUUGAGGCUGUAGAGGAGCUUGAGGACCAAGGGUUGAGUGUGGAUGAUGCAGGGAGGGUUGCAGAUAUCGAAAAAGAUAUUCUAAACAACCAUACUGCAAAGCUCAAGGAUUGGUUGAAAGAGAAAAGGUUUCCACCUCAUGACUAUCUGUCACUUGGUGGAAUGGAACAACAAGAUGCAGAUUGUGCACCCCUACUGACAUGCACAGCAAAUGCUUUGAGUGAAGAAGGGCUGCAACAGCUCCUCAUAUCAACACAGCAGUCCAACCUAGAACUGUGCAUUGAAUUGGCCAUUCUGCAGUCAUUGAAAAAAUACAUGAACUGGAAGACAGAGAUGAUUGAUCCUACAACACUGUCAGUCAUGCUCUCACAAUGGUUUCCAUAUUGCUAAUUCAAAUUUGAUGUAAUUGCUGACUUGCUGUUGGGAUUGGGUGCAUAGGGA